AUGCCGCCGCGAAUACCAGCCCUGUCGUGCCUGCGGGCGCCGACGUCUUUCUCGACCACCAAUCAACUCACCCUCCCCAUCCGAACUUUCGCCUCCACAUCGCACCUAUACGCCGAGUCAGCCGAACGCCAGAAGAAGCGCCUCGCGAACGAUCCCUAUAUCGUCGCUCAGCGGAAUAGGAAGAAGGCUGCCAAUCUCACGCGCCGCGCUGAGCUCGAACAAGGCCGUGUAGCGAGCCUCGGAGACCCAGUCCGCGGUGUUGCAACACCAUUCGUAGAAUCCUUCGAUACUGGAAAGCCAAUCACGUACGAAGAGGGCAAGAAGAUACCCAAAGAUCGGAAACACCUCAACUAUGCCUUCGAGCCAGAGACUGUUAGGCAACAAUUGGACAGGAGCAAAGACUUGGCUGUUCCGCUGGGUAUAAUCCCGGAGGAGACCGUGGCCCCCACAACGAAAUGGUCCAACUCCAUAUUCGGCAAGACACAGGCAAUUCAAUUGUCGGCCGAAGAGAUCGAGGAGCAAAGCAAGAAGGAUCAUGCUCGAGCUGCUGAGGCCAUCGCCCGCAUCACCGCUCUCGAAAACGGAUCGAGCAAAGACCGCAUGCGCGUGAACAUCACACGCUGUGUAGAGACAUUCGGGCGCCACAACACCGAUAGGAUAUUCCCACCCAAGGCGCCAUCAUUGAGCCGGUCAGGUGCCGAAGAAGUCCGCACCGUACGCCCAGAAACAAAUGUUGCGGCGACUGCAAAGCGCGUCGGGCCUGAUACUGGGUCGUCCGAAGUCCAGAUCGCCAUCUUGACAGCAAAGAUCAAGACCCUGGCCGACUUCUUACAAGCCCGAGGAAAGGGCGACAAGCACAACAAGCGGAACCUGCAAUUGCUGGUGCACAGGAGGCAGAAGUUGCUACAGUACCUAAGACGGAAAGAGAGAGGUGGUCCGAGGUGGCAGCAUUGUAUCGAGACUCUUGGGCUGACCGAAGGUACCUGGAGAGGCGAGAUAUCGUUGUGA